AUGGAUUUAUCAAUUCUUGGAGAACGUGUUUUUCAGGCCGAUUUCAUCCGAAAGAAACGAUAUCGCAAGGGUGGCAGAGAGUACCUGGUAAAAUGGAAGGGAUAUUCUAUCAAGCAUUGUACAUGGGAACCAGAAACAAACAUUCUUGAUCCCUUGUUGAUAGCUGAAUAUAAUGAAAAGUAA